GGUCCCGGAUAAGAAUCUAGGAGUUGUUCAGUUCCUGAAGACUGCUGCUUAAACAUGACUACACCUCAGGGAUAUGACUUUGACUUCGUGGACAAGCUAGCUGAUGAUUGUAUCUGUAAGAUAUGCCAUCUUGCACUCCGUCAACCCGUACAGACCAGGUGUUGUGGCCACAGAUUCUGUAAAGACUGUCUCGUAGAAGCGACCAAGAGGUGCAUGACAAAAAGUGUGACUACAUGAUUGUACCUUGUACCUUUCAACGCUCUGGAUGUGACUUCAAGACGCAGAGGAAAAACAUGGAAGAACAUCUUGAAAAGAAAAUCAAAGAACAUCUUGUUUUGACACAAGACGAGAACGAGAAAUUAAAGAAGACACUCGCCCAGAUAAAAGAACAAGUUGGUCGUUGUACAAAUAAAUUCAUUUGGAAAAUAAACAAUUUUACCGAUGACUUAGAAAAGGCUAAACAACCUGGAGAGGGACAUCUUAUGUACAGUGAUCCAUUAUAUACUGACAAGUAUGGAUACAAAAUGAGGGUUAUACUGUACCCCAAUGGAGACAGGGAUGACGCCACUGGACAUGUGUCAAUAUUUAUUCAGCUACUGAGAGGUGAAUACGAUGCAGUAUUACCCUGGCCUUUUGCAAGGAAGAUAACCAUCACUCUGUUGGAUCAGAAAGAAGACUUACAAGAAAGAAAGAAUGUGGAAAAGACUACAAGCUACAAGGGCAUGUUAAACAACUCAGAAGCCUUCAAUAGACCAACUACAGAUUCAAAUACUGGACUUGGCUACAAGAAGUUUAUAUCACACGAGGAAUUGAUGACCGAAAACUACAUCGUUGAUGAUACGAUCUUCUUACAAGUAGAAGUGGGAGAAGAAUACACUGGAACUGAAUAACUAGAGUCUAAUAGACCCAGUCAGCUGCCAUAAUGUGACGGUCGUUACUUAGAUGGUGACUGGUACUAACUAAUAGAGAUAUCAUCACUUCUCAUCAUGCCGAUAAGAUAGGGUGAAUACUAAAUAUUCAUUUUUAUUUGAUAAAUAAUGUUUUUUUGAUUACCCACUAUGUAAUGUAUCGAUUUGCAAUAACUGUUGAUAGUAGAAUAGUGUCAGUAGGGCGUUGAUAAACAUUGUCUUUAUUAUG